CUGGAAAUCCUUGCGGAAUUUCACCUCGAUUCCGAAAUAAGAACGCCGGAAAGAGUGUUUUUUUUAUAACAGGAAAAUAUUUUUGCCCAUUGGGGCUCGCGUGAAGCUCCUGCGCUGCCUCCAUCGACUUGCUGCAGCUCGGCCUGCUGCUCAUGACCGUCGGCCCAUCGUCUUCGUCGACCUGCUGCCGCUGGACUUGCUGCUCUUCGUCGACAGUCGAUCGUCCUUCUCACCGCCUUCACACAGGGGAAUAGUGGGAAGCAGGAGUGAUGGGCUUUAUCUGUCUUUAACUUCAUGGUCGGAGGAUGCUGGAUGCUUGUCUCUUUCUGAAUACUGAAGCAGUCUUGUGGCUGGGAAAAUGCCAAAAAUAAAGAGAAAAGGUGUCAAAAUUCCAGAGGGUUGGGAACUCAUUGAGCCUACUCUUCGUGAUCUGGAAGGUCAAAUGAGAGAAGCUGAAAAUGAUCCACAUGAUGGCAAGAGAAAAUGUGAGGCUUUAUGGCCCAUUUUCCGGUUAACUCAUCAGAAGAGCCGGUAUAUAUUUGAUCUCUAUUACAGAAGGAAGGAAAUCUCAGCCGAUCUCUAUGAAUUUUGCCUGGACCAAGGAUAUGCAGAUUGCAACUUGAUUGCCAAAUGGAAGAAACCUGGCUACGAGCGACUUUGCUGCUUGAGAUGCAUGCAGCCUCGUGACCACAACUUUGGUACAACAUGUGUGUGUAGAGUGCCCAGGCACCUUAGGGAGGAGAAGGUUAUAGAGUGCGUGCAUUGUGGUUGCAAGGGAUGUGCUAGUGGUGACUGAUGUCCUGUGUGUCUUGUGAAUUUGGACAGCCAUCUUGUUAACUGAUGGUGUUAUGGGAACAAAUUUGUGUACUACCAUUUUCCAUCAAGUGUUCUGAUUCCAUGAGAGAGUUUAUACUUAA